ACCAGUUUAGAAUAAAAAGAAUAUGGUCCUACAGUACGGCCUCCUCAUAUGACAGCCAAACGGUGAACUAAAUGUGUUUGCGCUUGCUGGGGUUUACAUCGAAAGUCGGCGGUGUAAAAGAGGGUAAACAUGAUGGAAACGAGGAGAAGAGAGAUGGACGGAACCAGAGGAAAAGGCAGCGCGGGUACGCGCGCGCGCAUGAGAGAGAGAGAGAGAGAGAGAGAGAGAGAGAACGAAAGAGAGAAGGAGAGAGAGAGAGGAUGAUGUCAUAGUUUUUAGUCUUUGCCAUGGAAGAAGCAGACAGCUGCAGCGCUCAUUUGCCUCUCUUCAUCUAUAUGUGUAGACCCGGCAUCAGGAUUCAUUCAUUGAGGGCAAAGAGUGAAACACAACAGAACCACAAUCCGUUGAGGCAGGUUGACGGCAGGUGGAAGAACCCAAACGGAAACCCCCGCGUCCGUGGAUCAUCAUCCGAAACUGAAUAAGGACGUGAUGUGGAGCGAAAUAUAGCUAGGUGAAAACACCGGGCAGCGAUCGCUCCUCUUUCUAUCGUUCUUCUGUAUUAUGAGCAGGCAACAGUAUAGAGAAACUAGUCCUGCCCAAAACGGAGGAGGAGUAGUAGGAGAGACGACCAGAAGGGUGUCGACGGAGAGAGAAAGGCGUAGCGGAGAAGAGGAGGGGAGGAACGGAGGUGAAAUCCACUAAUAUUACAAGCUUCUAAUAAUGGCGGCUAAAUCAGAUGGGGUCCUGAAGAUGAAGAAAAGCGAUGUGGCCUUCACUCCCCUACAGAACUCGGAGCACUCCGGCUCGGUGCAGGGGCUCCACCCGGGCGGCCAGCCGGACUCUGCACUCGGCACCGUGGACGGGGACUUCGCGAACGGGGAGUCGCGAUGCUGCGGCGGUGGAGGCUCAGACUCGAUGUGCCUUCGCCUUGGGAGGGAGCAGCAGAAAUACACGGUGUGGGACUGCCUUUGGAUCGUAGCCGCAGUGGCCGUGUAUCUGGCCGAUGUGGGCACCGACGUGUGGCUGUCGGUUGACUACUACCUCCGCCGCGAUUACUGGUGGUUCGGCCUUACGUUGUUCUUCGUGGUAUUGGGCUCGUUUUCAGUCCAACUCUUUAGCUUCAGAUGGUUCGUCCACGACUUCAGCAUCGAAAACGGGGCCGAAUCUGCGGCCGAUUGCUCUCACCUGGACGGGAACAAGCUGCUGAGCGGUUCGGCUUCACAUGGCGACGUUACCGCUCAACACCACCCAGCCACACCGCAGAGACAGGCGUCGACCGCCAGCAAGAACACCACGACCAACAGUACCGCGAGCACCGCGGUAGGAGGCAGAAGGAAAAAACGAUCGGCCUAUUACUCCUUCUGCGUCUGGUUCGCCCAGUCCCUCAUCCACAUCCUCCAGCUGGGCCAGAUAUGGAGGUACUUCCAUACUAUCUACCUUGGUGUUCGCAGUCGUCAGAGUGCUGAGACAGAGCGCUGGCGUUACUACUGGAGGAUGGUGUAUGAGUUUGCUGAUGUGAGCAUGCUCCAUCUACUAGCCACCUUUCUGGAGAGUGCCCCACAGCUAGUGCUGCAGCUGUGCAUCAUCAUACAGACACACAAACUCCAGGCUGUGCAAGGCAUGACAGCAGCUGCCUCCCUUGUAUCGCUGGCCUGGGCCCUGGCUUCUUACCAGAAGGCCCUCCGAGAGUCGAGAGAUGACAAGAAGCCCAUCAGCUACUUGGCCGUUAUCAUCCAGUUCUGCUGGCACUUCUUUACUAUUGCAGCCAGGGUCAUCACCUUUGCUCUGUUUGCUUCUGUGUUUCAACUCUACUUUGGCAUUUUCAUUGUCCUGCACUGGUGUAUCAUGACCUUCUGGAUUGUCCACUGUGAAACAGACUUCUGUAUCAGCAAGUGGGAGGAAAUUGUGUUUGACAUGGUUGUGGGCAUUAUCUACAUAUUUUCCUGGUUUAAUGUCAAGGAGGGACGUACAAGGUGUCGGCUUUUCAUCUACUACCUUGUAAUUCUGGUGGAGAAUGCAGCUCUCAGUACGCUGUGGUAUCUGUACCGCUCUCCACACACCACUGACGCCUUUGCAGUUCCAGCACUUUGCGUCAUCUUUAGCAGCUUCCUUACUGGGGUGGUUUUCAUGCUUAUGUACUAUGCCUUUUUCCAUCCAAAUGGACCUCGCUUUGGGCGAUCACCAAGUGGCCAGGGCCUUGACCUAGACCCCACUGCUCAGUUCUCCACUCUCCCAUCUGAGGGUGCCACCAACUCACUGCGUUCCAACCGGGGUGCGACUACAACCUUAGAGCGUGACAUGGCAAAGUAUUCUGAACGGGAUGGCUGUAUGCCUGUGUUUCAGGUACGACCUACGGUACCAUCCACACCAUCCUCUCGUGCUCCACGUCUUGAAGAAACUGUCAUUAAGAUUGACCUCUGUAGGAACCGCUAUCCAGCCUGGGAGCGCCAUGUUCUUGACCGCAGUAUACGCAAGGCUAUCUUGGCCAUAGACUCCUCCCUGACUCCUCCACGGCUACAGUACAAAGAUGAUGCUUUGGUGCAGGAGAGGUUGGAAUAUGAGACCACACUAUAGUUCCACCCUGUUCUCAAAGCUCAUUCAAGGGAGCAAAGUGUCAAACACCUGAGAUUGUCGCAAUAAGUAUUUGUUACUAUCCACUUUUCAUGUUUAUUUUUUUCAAUUCCUUGACAUUAACCUGCACUAAGGGGCAUUGGACCCUCCUCAUAAUAUUUGGAGAAGAGAAUUGGUGUUAGAUUAGUUUAUGUCAAUGGAAUUUGGUGUUAGCUGUUAUUUUUAAUUCAUCGUCAGGGAAAUCAUGUUGCGUUAACUAAAUAGAAUUCAGCAAUGGACUUGAGUGAUGUACCCAGACCAGGCUUUGUCUACAUAAUGGAAAUGUUAAGGAUAAAACAAAUGUCUCAUUCAGACAAGGUCUGAGUCAUUAUCUUUAUAACUUUAUUAAUGGUUAAAAAGUAAUUGCUCCAUUGUAUAAAAACGGAAAGUGUCCCUCUUUUAGCAUCAGUGAAAACUGAAUCUAUCAUAUCUAUAAUUACUAUUACUUAAUGUGCUGUCAUCCUAUCGUGGAAAUUCUAAUCAGAUGAUUCAGAGCAAUCACAUCCAUACAUGGUACAUGACCUUUAUCUGCAUUAUGACAUUCUUGUUUCCUCUUCUUUAGUGCCAAAAAGGUUCUUUUGAAAUGUCCUCUACAUGCUGAGGAUAUAGAACACCUUGGAGAUGGCUGGAUAGUCUAAAAUGUUCUUCUCUGGCCCUUAGCAUAAUUCUUUUCUAGACUGGAGGGUCAGACAGUCCAAUUAUGAAGACACUGGUCAAAGUAGCAUCUAUGCUUAGUUAUUGUAUUUUGGUAAGAAAAAAAAUUCUCACUACCUUGGGUGGCAAGAAGUGCAGGGAGAGAUAGGGAGGCAAAGAUUGAACUGACAGAGACUCACAAUCUUUCUCUCAUCGGGAAGUAAGUCACAAUGAUUCAAUGCCAAGAAAAAUCCCCCUGGCAGCUCAGUACAACUAUAGCAGUCUAGCCUGAUAAAUCUGGCCAUGUACUGAUACUGAUCUUUGCUUGUGGAGGAGGAAUAAGGAGAACAUGAGGAGAUGAGGAGAAGAAUGAACAAAGUUCCAGACAGCAUUAAAAGAGAGAUGAUCUGAGAGGAUGCAGCAAUGGAAGUGAGUUGAACAGAGACAAGCAGCCAUCUCAGCCAAACGUAACAAGCAACCACCAGGAUGUACAGUACUCUGAUACAACAUGCAGCAUUUUUUUAACUGUAGAGAUGAUCUAAAACUUCAUUGUGACCAUAUGUUCUUGUGGUUGAAUGAGUAUGCGUUGACAAUAGGUGAUGUGUGUAUGUGUGUUUUGUGUGUGGAAAUGUGCGUGCAUGUGAGUUUAACAGGAAAAGCAGCUCAGGAGACAGGACAUGUUGGAUACCUGUAUCAACUUUGUGUUAUCAAAGAUGAAGAAGAGUGGAAGGACACGUUGACAUUUGACCUUAUGUGUGGUUUUACUUUGAUGUACACAUCAUGUAUUUGCUUUAGAUUUGGCUGCUUUUAGCAUUAUACCCUGCUAGAUAACACCAGUUAGCAUUUGGCAAGUGAGGCAUGUGCCCACAAGUUUAGAUAAAAAUGUCACCAGAAAAUGCUAAUCAUGCCUUGUUUGACUGAAGUGCCACUAUAGCUAUAGCGAUUUUUCUGUCAUUAUCAGCUUUAUAUGUCAAGUGACACAUUACAAACCAGGAGCCAGGAAUUUCAGUACAAAUCACAGUUUUGCAACUUCAUUUCAUGCUAUAGUCUAAUGUUUUGCCUAUUGACCUUAAAAUCCCAGGUUGCAAUGGAUUUCAACUAUAUGAUAACAUAUGAGUCAAGUAAAAGGUUAGAGAAGAUUACUGCAUUAAAGGAAGAAUCAGAGUGUUUAAAUAUUUCUACAAGCUACCAUGAUUAUUCAGCAACAAGAACAUGAAACUUUGGACCAUUGUUAGCUCACAUGUAGUGUGGUGGUACUCAGUAACAGUUUUCUCAAAACCACCUUUUGCAGGUGUCAUCUCAGAAUGAACCAUAUUUUAUACGCAGUCUUGUCUUGAUUUUUGAACAAACAUUUUUUCCCAAAGUCUGUUCAAGACAACAAUUUAUUUGUGAGCAUCUUUACUGUGGUUUGAAGUAAAACUUCCUUCUUCUGUUGCAACCAAAAACUUGAUAAAUUUCUUCAAUAUUUAAGUACACAAAGGUGUGUCAGUAGGAGAUUUCAGCCCCACCUACUGUGACAAAAUUUGGCAACUUAAAUCAUGAAGUUCAAUGUGUAACAGUAACACCCAAGAGAAACCAUACAGUAGUGUGAAAAUACUGCAGUGUGCUAAUAGAUGGAGAGUUCAUCUUUUUACAACUUAUCAACACUUAUAAAUCAUAAAAAGGUAGCAUGAAACACAAAGCUAGUUUGCUAACUUUAGCUAUCGGUGAUAGAACUCCACAGAAAUGUCUUCACUACCCUGUUUCUCUGGAGGUUUAAACACCAUAUAUGAUACAAAACUACCUGGUUUGGUCAUAUCAUACCAUGUCAUUCAUACUGUCUGUUUUUAAAGCUUGGUUGCCAAAAUGUCUUUGCUGUAUCUGCUCCUGGACUUGACUUGGUCUUACCUUGUCUUGUCUUUAUUGACAUUAGUGAAAUGAUUGGCUAACAGUAAAUGUGGCAAAACGGGAUUGAUUAAAUGGGCAUAGUGAAGGAAGAGAGACAGAGAGAGUCUUCCUGAUUGAACUUUUACUAAGCUUCACUGUUUGCAUUUUUCUUUGAAGUGUGGGAGAGGGCUUUUAAACCUACUUUCGUUGUGUAAUCACUCGAAUUGUUUUGUUCAGUAACUUAAUGGAGGCCUGGAACUGUAGAUGAAAUAUAAAUCCUAAAUCUUAAAGGUGUAGUCAGACAGAAACUGAGCUACAUCGUUGCCCUGUUUUACACAUGAAUUUGAUACACAAGUCUGCACUGAUGCACCCAGAAAGAGUCAAAUAGUGAAUCUUGGUGUGUGUUUCUGUUUUCAUUUGCCUUGCCCUCAAUGAGUAUAUGUCUAAUUCUUUAAACUAAAUACACUGCCUGCAAUUGAAAAUGAACCACAAAAUGUUACACAUAUAUUGUGGUUUAUUACUAUCAAGCUUGCACUUUUAUUUGUAGAUGUAUUCGUUAUCUAUUAUCAUAACUUUUUGUUUUACAAUCUCAUGUAGGAAAUAGUUGGAACAAUAUGACCAAAACAAAAAAGAAUGAGUAAAAAUACUCCGAGUGUACCUGUACUGGUCAGGCUUACAAUAUUAAUUGUGCUUUGUUAAUUACUUACAAGCAAGAGAUGCGCAAAUUCAGUAUAAAAUCGCCAUAAAUGCACCGUACUGGACCUACUUAUUACAUGAAUUAUGGGCGGGGGCAGACCCUAUGGGGAACAGCCAUUGCCAGCCAGAGGUGAUGUACCAUCAUUGAUUCGGGGUCAUCAGUGCAAGUAAACAAGCAGCAGUCAGUGAACAGUUUGAGCGGAAAGCAUGUGUUUGCGUUUGUUUGUGCAACCGUAAGGUUUGCACUCCACCAAAGCGUCCUAGGAACACGACCCAAUACUGAUCUAUAAUGUGCCAUCUCAGACUGGUGUGGGAACAGCCCAUGAAAGAGGCAACAUGUCACUGACCAUGCCUGAUGGAGCAGUGAUUUAGUACUUGCGCAUACUUGACAAGAGGCUAUGACAAAAGUUACCUGACAGAACUGCCAGUAUUAUACGUGAUCUUUGGAAAUAGCUAGCAAUGAAAAUUCACUAGAGGCACCCUUUAACAAUAUGAUUUGAAACAUGUGAUUGCAAUCAUGACUUGAUAAAAAAGUAGCAGGAAAUGGGGAAAUGGGUCACCAGCUUGUGAGAACAUUUUUAAAAUGUUUAAAAACAGUGCUCCACAAAAAAAGAUAGACGACGUGUGUGAUGAUCAAGGGCGCAGUUCAAAGUUGAACACUAUGAUCUCUGAUCACCUAAAUGAUACCGCAUCAACAAUAUGGAAUUACGUCCACAAACACAAUUUCUACAGCCUUUUCAUACAGAGUUUUUCUAAAAAGAUCUGGAGUACUGAUUCAUCAAACUAGAAUCCAUGUUUUUUUCACUGAGUGCUGGUCCUCCAAGCCCAGGGAAGUCAAUGACACUUUUGGACACAGUUUACAUAAAGCUUCCUUUUGGCUCAGUAAAGUUUGAAAUUUGUGGAUGUAACUAUGCAAACUUGACCAGACAAAACAUGAAAUAUGUUGGGUUCAUUCUGUCUACAGUGAAAUUCAAGUCAAUGCUGUUCUAGUUAUUUCUUCUUUCCUUAGCAGUUUAAGACUGAUUGUUCAUGAUUUCUGUUGGUGUGUUGCCUUUUUUGUGUUUUGUUUUUUUGAUGUCAAUUGUUCUGGAUCUUUUUAAAGCCUCUUUUUAAAUAAUUAUUUUUGCCUUAACUGUCUAAUGGUUUACUCAGAUUUUUUUUUAUUGUGGAGAGAGGGGUAACAUGUCAGUAAAAUGAAAAAAAAAAAAAAAAUAGAAAAGCCUUACUAAAAGCACAGGUUCAGAUGGCACAGUAGUUGGUAAGUGCAGGCAAGUGGCACACAGGACAAGGCUGCACUACAAACAGUAGUCCAUUUUAAUAUUGCACAACAAGAGUGAUAUGAAGUUUUAGAGGAUGACUACACCUAAUAGAUGAACAUGUUUUAUAUUUAUCGGCUGGUAGUAGAUUUCUCUGUCAGCACUAGAAUUAUUGAAGAAUAAUUUCCGUCAUCAUCUAGAUUCAGCAGGUUAGAUUUUUCCCACAGGUAUUUGUCCCUCCAAAAAUAGCCAUGUACGUGUAACCUUCUUGUUAAUUAAAACUUAAAUCUGACUUUUAUGUGCUGUGUCUUUACAACUGGAUUUCUGAGACUAGAUGAUGACUGUCAACCAUUCCCAUCACUGUGAAUGAUUUUUUUUUUUCUGUCCACAGCCAGAAAAAAAGUUCAUUAAAGUCAUAAACUAGAUUUACUCUGUAUUUCAUGAUGUUAGAGUGGUGGUGGUGGUGGUGGCGGUGGGGGUAAGCAGAAACUUUGUAUUUGAUGUCAUUUAAAUCUGUUGUGUUGCUGUAGUGCCUGUGAAGACUUCAUUCAGCAACUAAUGCUAGCCUGCUCAGAAAUUAGCCUUGAUAAAUAUUAAGCCAACAAGCGCGUCUUAUUGUAUGUGCAGAUAUAAAUAAUAUGGUUUUAGUUUGAUGUAGCAAUACUGGUUACUGCACAGCUGAUGUGUAUUUAAACAUGGUAGGAGAGACGGAAAGUGUCAGUGAGACAGACUGGGUAGAAUUGCAAAUUGACUGAACAGCUUCCAGGAUCUUCAUCUGCAUUCACAAUAGUCAUGAAAGGUGUCCAUAGGGGCAUGGGGAAAACUACACUUUUCUGAGGCCUUUUUCAUCCAGCUACGAAAAGCUGAACGGAUUUUUUUCAACACACAUGGGCAAAAAAUUGAAAACAGAACCAAAUACUGAGAAGUCAAUCUCCCUGCUCAACACACUUAGGAGAGAAAGGGUGAAUGCGUGUAAAUGCUUAAAAUACAUGAGGCAAUCUUACCAAAAUAUACAAUUGGAGAAGCACAUACAAUCCUCAGGUACACCAGGCAAUAAUGCAACUAAGGCAUGGAAAAGGCAUGUUGGUGUUCACGCCACUCAGUUCAUUGCAUUUUGCCUACCAAAAAACAUGCUCUCAGCUAGGAUGGUUCUAGAUGGUUGGAUGGUUCCAGCACAGCACCAACAAUUUAUUGGGCUAUAACCAAGAACCACCUAAGGGCUCAUUGUAUUUAAUGACAUAGCAUACAUUUCAAAAAGACCUGUGAGGAUAAGGAUAUUUCAACAUGGAACAAUAAUUGCUGGCUGCUCCGUCUUGUGUGUUCAUGUCUUGCUAGUUAGCCCUAAUGGGAUCACACAGUGAAUCAAGACACCUUUGAAAACUUUAAUAUAUAAUCACCAGGGUCUCUUAUAAUGAUUUACAUUUAGAAACCUACAUUCUCACCUGGAAAAAAAAAAUCUCAAAACUACAUUUAUCGACCCAACAAUUGUAAUAUUUUGACAAUUAUAACUUAAAGGACUUGGCUUACUAUUGCUGGCUGGUUUCUUUCUAACUUUAUUGCCACUGGUUCCCAUAUGCCAUGGCAUAAUGACAUGGUGUGGGUCCAAGCCAGUGCUUGGGUCAGUCUGAGGGACGACUGGAACCAACUCUAAACCAGCACUAGCAAAACACAGAGCCAGUACCAGGUUCAUGUUUUGGAUAAGGGGUAUCAUGUUAUUUAUUUUUUAUCUGUUAAAGCGGGUGGCUCUGGAAAACCAGCUCACUGACUCCCCAUUCAUCCAAACAUUUUCCUUUUAAUUUCCUAAAAUUACAUUUGAAGCAGCAGUUUAAUAGGUUUUUAGCCUCACUGGACACAAAAUCCAUAAUUACCUUUCAGCAAAUUCAAACUCAAGUUUUCUGAGAGGAUGCAAGACUUCUAGAUCUUUUCCUUCUCUAUGUUUUCAGGCUGUAGAAAAUCUACUCUGUGAAGCAGAUUAUUGUCUAAUAACAGGCAUUUUCAAACAGGAAGGAUUUAAAUAUGGGUUUGACAGCUAUAAGUACUGAUUGCUGAUCAGAUUAUGUUCGACAUGAUUGGACAUGACUUUACUGCUCCACUCUGGGUCCCAAAAGUGGCUUCCCUUUCCAUAACACCAUAAAAUGAUGUCAGGUUUAUCUUUAGUUUGUUUGUUUGUUUGUUUUUUUGGUCUUGAUUUGGACUGGGAUGAGAGAGCUGCAGAAGGAAGGUGUGUAUUUUUAAUUUUUGGUGUUUUUUCUCCGAUGAUUUCAGCUCCUGCAGCUUUAAUAUUCCACUGAUAAAUGAUAUUUGGUGAAUUCAUUAUAUUGCAUUAUCAUAAUUAUAUUGAAUAUGAAGUGAAUUGCAAAUUAUGUUUUGUGGUGGAGACAUGCAGCAUUACAGACACAUUAGGCAUUCACUGUCUUGAUUUAAGUAAUGAUUUGUUGAAGUAUACAGUCAAAACAAAAAUGAGGUGCUGUCAAACAGUCUAAAGGAAAUCACAUAAAUGUUCCACAGAUGCGCAGAACCUGUUGGUCUGGGUUUGCUGCAGUAACAACGAUGCACACCCCAAACCUCCAAAACCCCAUCCAAUCCCAUGCACUAAAAUCUUCACUCUUAGCUGUUUCCUAAUAUAUGUUUUAUUUGUAUUAUCAAAAAGAUAUUAUUUCUGAAAGCACAGCCUGGUUUACUGGUUAGGACAGUGUUUGUAUAUGUGUGUAUAUAUAUGUGUUCUUUCAACUUUAUUCAAGUGCAACAAUUUGUGUGUGUCAUUAGUUACUGUGCUUAUACAAAGACUGACGUAUUGUCUAGUAAAGACAAUACCUUUGAUGUACAACCUACUGUCAACCUGGCUCUUAAUUCUCUGUGUAUGUAGCAUAAAGAUGGAAAUGUAAAACUGCUAUAAGGAGGGGUGCCAGAAAGCACAAUCCAAAGGCCUCUGGGUCGUCAAGAUUUCGCCUUCAAACAAGAACUGAGAUAGCCACUCAAAACAACACAAUCUCCUCUCAUUUUUACAUGUUGCAUCAGUCAGUAGUUUACCUGGCUUAGCUCCAUUUCCAGAAAAAAAAACGGCUACAGUAAAAUCAUACAUAACCCUAAUUUGAAAUGGGUUUUUUUGUGCUGUUUUUUGUUUUUUCAACACCUGCACUAAACAUUUAUUUUGAAUUGACCAAAGAACGGGUCAAAGCCACAUAUUAACAAACACCAAACUUACCAUAAUCAGUAUGUUUUUACAUUUUCAUAAUCUUUAGCUUUAUUGAUAGCUUACCAGUGUAGAAGAAAUAUCGUGACUUCAACACACAACUUAAUAAUUUACACCCUGAGGGCUACAGGUCCAGAGGGAAAGUAAUGGCAACACUAAUUUUCUUUUUUUUUUUUUUUUUUUUUUUUUUUUUUUUAGAACUUCUUUGACUGCUGUUUCCAAGGGUUGUGUAAAUAAUGGCCAUUUUGUGAAAAACUCCAGCCAUCCAGCAAGUUCACACUGGCUACUCCUUGUGUACUGUGUGCCAUUAGACAGAGUCUGGGAGGGCAGACUCAAAGCUAACCUGGCUCACAACUCAUUAUAGUGGUGCAAAGUGGUAUUAUAGGAGUCCCGGAUCUCUGGCACAUAGUUACGUAUAUAUCCCUACAAUACAGUAAUGAUUAUUUUAGCUCACUCUUAAAGAGUGAGCUACACUCUAUUACAAAUGACUCUUCAAACCAGACAAUGGAGUAGAACCACAGCUUUUAAAUUCUUUAACCCACAAGCAACUGUAACCCACCCUUACCAGUGCUUUUCAAUUCCUUUCCCUAACUGUACUUGUGGGUACCUGCUUUGUUUUGUAGGUAUGAUGACAUGGGGAGAAAUGAGGCCCAUAUUCAUCCUGCACAAUGCAAGUUAGUAGUGGCAAGACAUUUCAAAAAUGUUCAGAAAAGGCAUCUCGAAGACACAUGAUAGCUCCAAACAAAUGAACAUGGGUUUCUUGUGAGUGUUGUGACCCAAGACUGAAAUAAACUAAAUCUCUGCUGUAGAGGUAUGGACAUCAGAAACUGUGGAACUGGAGGAAUGGUUUGCAGUUUCAGAGUACAGAUGAGAUUAUUCAGCCUUAGUAGAAGCACAGUAACCAGCAGGUGAAUGAUGACAGUCCUUUUGUAUCCUGUUGGGUUUAUAGAAUCAGUCUGUACAGAUGUGAGUAGAGGUUGGUUGAAUACAUAGUAAACUGAGCUUAUCUGUAAAUAAAUGUAUGCAAAGUGUACAUGUUAAAAAGAACAUUCCUCUCUUUUUGGGUUCUGACUGUGAAGGGUGUCUUUAGAGGUUGAUGCUACCAAGAUGGCUGUAACUAUGAUGAUAUACUUUAGAGAUAAAAUGAUAAAUGUGGUGUAUGUGGUGUAUUUUAAAAAGACAAAAAUAUUGGUCUUUUAAGUACUUUGUGUAAUGACAGUCUGAAGUGCUCAAAAUGCAUUUAAAGAGGAAAAGUACAUUUUAUUGUAAAAA